CCCACCAUGUCGACCUUGCUGGAGAUCAAGAGCAGUGUGCUCAGGCAGGUGCAGGUGUGCCCGUCCUUCCGUCGCAGGACCGAGCAGGAACCAGGGAGCACCAGCGCUGACCCGCAGGAGCCCGCCACGGGGGCCUGGAAACCUGGCGAUGGCGUGGAGUUCUUUGCCCAGAUGCGUCUCAUCCUGAAGAAGGGGGAAGGCAGACAAGGCCUGCCGAGCUCCGAGGUGAGCACCCCUCCCCCAGGGCCCAGACCCUCACCCUGUUGCCCCUCACAGGUCCUCUUGCGCAGUGAUUCACCAGCCCCCGCUGAGCCCGUGGACCCCAACCGUGGUCUGAGAGCCCUGACCCAGGAAGAGGUGGACAUGCUCUAUGAGGAGGCUUUGUACACCGUCAUCUACCGCGCAGGGACCAUGGGCCCUGAGCAGGUGGACGACGAGGAUGCCCUACUGGGCUACCUACAGCAGGCAUUCGGCACCAGCCCAGAGGAGCACGCCGGGGCCGUUGAGUGUGUGAAGCGAGCCAAGGCCCCCACAUAUGCCCUGAAGGUCUCCGUUAUGCGUGCCAAGAACCUUCUGGCCAAAGACCCCAAUGGCUACAGUGACCCGUACUGCAUGCUGGGCAUCCUGCCGGCCUCGGGCACCCCGCGGGAGCCUGGCGAGCAGAAGGACCAGCGCUUCACCUUCUGCAGGGGUGGCAAGCGCAGUGGACUGCUGCCGGCCAAGUGUAUUGAGGUCACCGAGGUCAAGAGCAGCACCCUGAACCCUGUCUGGAAGGAGCACUUCCUCUUUGAGAUCGAGGAUGUCAGCACAGACCAGCUGCACCUGGACAUCUGGGACCACGACGAUGACGUUUCCCUGGUAGAGGCCUGCAGGAAACUGAAUGAAGUCAUUGGCCUGAAGGGCAUGAGCAGGUACUUCAAACAGAUUGUGAAGUCAGCCCGUGCAAAUGGGACAGCAGGGCACAACGAGGACCACACUGAUGACUUCCUGGGAUGCCUGAACAUACCUAUCCGGGAGGUGCCCGUGGCUGGCGUCGACCGCUGGUUCAAGCUGGAACCGCGUUCCAGCGCCUCCCGCGUGCAGGGAGACUGCCACUUGGUCCUCAAGCUCAUCACCACGCAGAGGGACACGGCCAUGAGCCAGCGCGGGCGAUCCGGAUUUCUGUCCCAUAUGCUGCUGCUGAGCCGCCUGCUGCGCUUCGAGCACAGAGCGGAGGAGCCUGACUCGAGCAGCUGGCGCGGCGAGCUCAGCGCGCCGGCCGCCACAGUCCUCUGCCUGCACGGGGCCCAGAGCAACCUGUCACCGCUGCAGCUGGCGGUUCUGCACUGGCAGGUCAGCAGCCGUCACCAUCAGACCCGUACGCUGGACUACGGCUACCUGCUGGGGCUGCUGGAGGACAUGCAGGCGCACUGGGAGGAGGCGGCCUCGCUACCGCAGGAGCAGGAGGAGAGCCUGGCUGACAGUUUCUCCGCCUUCUCUGAGUUCGGGUUGUGUCUGCUGCGCCAGCUCCGAGACUACUUUCCUGCCUCCAACAGCACGGCCGUCUACCGCUUGGAGAUGCUGCUGAGAUGUCUCAGCAAGCUGAAGCUCUUCCAGCCCUCCUUUGAGAUCUGCCCCUUCCAGUCAGAGCUGAACAUGGACAUUGCUGCCACCCUGAAGAGAGGCAACCGCGAGUGGUAUGACAGACUGUUGGACUCCAAGAGCCCUCGAGAGCAGCCAGGGCCACAGCGCCUCGCCGGGCUUGUUGAGCUGGCAGAUGCCAUCUACGACGACCUGCAGUCCUGCUACAGCAUCUAUGCCAGCCUCUUCCACAGCAUCCUCAAGGUGGACUUCUUCACUCUUACCUUCCGGCAGCUGGAGCGUCUGGUGGCCGAGGAGGCCUGGGUGCUGACAGAGGAGCUGAGCCCCAAGAUGACCCUGGAGGUGGCCUCAAGGCUCUUUGAGCUCUACCUGACCCUGGCAGACACUCAGCGCUUCUGGAGCAGCAUCCCUGGCCGGGACAGCCGCUCCCUGGCCCUGGCUGGCAUUCAUGUCCCAUUCCUGCCCGCCGUGAAGCUCUGGCUGCAGGUGCUGCGGGACCAGGCCAAGUGGCGGCUUCAGGGAGCCGUGGAUAUGGACACACUGGAGCCCAUGGAUGCCUCUUCCAAGCACAGCAGCUCUGCAGUCACCGCUGGUCUUUGCUUCAGCCACAUCCAGGAGCUCUGGGUCCGCCUGGCAUGGCCUGAUCCCACUCAGGCCCAGGUGCUGGGCAUCCAGCUCAGUCAGGACGUGUGUGAGGCCACUCUCUUCUACACCGAGCUGCUGCGGAAGAAGGUGGAUGCUCAGUCCGGAGCAGCGGGAGAGGCAGUGAGCGAGCCACUCUGUGUGGUCCUCAAUGAUGUGGAGCUGGUGAACAAGGCUGCUGCGCAGGCGCUGAGGGGCCUGGCGUGGCCGGAGCGGGCAUCGGGGUUGGAGGGGGUGCUUCCCCGGCCCCUACUCAGCUGCUUGCAGACCCUGGAUGAGGACCUGCAGAGGGAGGCCCGCACGGUGACGGCGCACCUGACCUCCAAGAUGGUGGGCAACAUCAGGAAGUACGUGCAGCACAUCAGCCUCUCUCCUGACUCCAUUCAGAACGAUGAGGCUGUGGCCCCACUCAUGAAGUACCUGGAUGAGAAGCUGGCCCUGCUGAAUGUCUCCCUGGUGAAAGAGAACCUCAGCAGGGUGCUGGAAGCCCUGUGGGAGCUGCUCCUGCAAGCUAUCCUGCAGGCACUGGGCACAAACCGCGACGUCUCCACCGACUUCUAUGGCCGCUUCUACUUCACGUUGGAGGCCCUGGUCAACUUUUUUCAUGCUGAGGGCCAGGGCCUGCCCCUGGAGAGCCUAAGGGAUGGAAGCUACAAGAGGCUGGAGGAGGAGCUGCGGCUGCAUAAAUGCUCCACCCGUGAGUGCAUCGAGCAGUUCUACCUGGACAAGCUCAAGCAGAGGUCCCUGGAGCAGAAACGGUUUGGGCGCCUGAGCAUCCGCUGUCACUAUGAGGUGGCUGAACAGCGGCUGGCUGUGGAGGUGCUACAUGCCGCUGACCUGCUCCCCCUGGACACCAACGGCCUGAGUGACCCCUUUGUGAUUGUGGAGCUGGGCCCACCGCACCUCUUCCCACUGGUCCGCAGCCAGAGAACCCAGGUCAAGGCCCGGACGCUGCACCCCGUGUAUGACGAGCUCUUCUACUUCUCCGUGCCCGUAGAGGCGUGCCGCCGCCGUGGAGCCUGCGUGCUGUUCACAGUCAUGGACCACGACUGGCUGUCCACCAACGACUUCGCUGGGGAGGCGGCCCUUGGCCUGGGUGGUAUCAGCGGCGUCACACAGUCUCAGAUGGUAGGGGGCGCAAGAGCUGGGCAGCCUGUCACCCUGCACCUGCGCAGGCCUAGAGCCCAGGUGAGGUCUGCGCUGCGGAUGCUGGAAGGCCGCACCAGCAGGGAGGCGCAGGAGUUCGUCAAGAAACUCAAGGAGCUGGAGAAGUGCAUGGAAGCAGACCCCUGAGCCGCCCCUGCUGCUGCCUGCCCCUCCCCCAAGUUCCCUGCAGCCAGGACUCUUGGUGCCUCCUCUCUUGCUGUGACAUGUUUGCUGUGACUUCAGUCCACUCUGGUGGUGCCCCUUUGGUGUAUGCUAUGAACAAAUUACACCCCAGCAAGUUCCACCCUCACCCUGAAUCUGGGCAGCCGAUGCAGCAGGACCUGGCCAGCAGCUGUUCCCUUGCACACAGAGCAGACUAGAGUGGGCAUGGUGACCAAGUGGGCUUCUCCACCUUGGGCUCCAUAGCGGGUCUCGGUGGCAGCUUUGCUCCCCAGGGGACAUUAGGCAACAACUGGACACACUUUUGGUAGUCACAACUGAAAAGUGAAGGGGGUGCUGCUGGUACCAGUGGGUGGAGGACAGAGCUGCUGCCCAACAUCCCACAGUGAACCAGACAGCACCCAACAAAACACAGUCCGUUCCCAAAUGUCAAGUGCCAUGCUGGAGAGCCCAUAUUAAGAAAACCAUUCCCUCCCUCUCCUGGGGGAGGGCAAGUCCUCGCCAGGCCGAGAGGCAAGAGGGCCUGGGGUUAAGUAGUUGAGGGCCCCAGGGGGCGGUGAAGGUGCGGGUGCUGCUGUGUCAGCACCCCUCUCCUGGCACUGGAGUCCUCCCCAUCAGCAGGGACGCAGAGGAGGUUUGCUGAGUUGCACGGGUCUCCAGUCCCCACCUGGCUCCUGGGGCCACUCUGUGAAGCCCAGGACAUCACCCACGGCUGAUGGUCAGUGUACAGGACUCCACGCCAACUGGUCGGCUGUCCUUUCACAUACAUGUAUGUGACCGCAUAAGACUUACUCCACACCCAGACCCUUCCAAGCAGGGUCUGCUUCACCAGAGGCCACGCCGUAGGCUGAGUGUGAAGGAAGAGACCAAUCUACUGCUUGUCCUGCAGUUUCAUUGAGAGAGCUCCAAGGCAGGACGCAGGGCAAGGCUGCCAGAAGCAUUGGACAGAACCUGGAGGGUCCAGGCCUACCUGUGUCCUCAUGUGUGUCACUACUAUCUCUAGAUGUCAUUACCCAGCCUCAAAAAUACAUAUGUCUGCAACCUUCA